GACCAAACAAAACUGAAAAUAUUUCAAAUUAUCUUAACGCCGAUAAAAGUUUCGAUUCUUUGAGUAACCGGAGAAGUCAGACGGAAUAUUUGAGCUCUCUAGAUCUCUGAUUCACCAUUCGCCGUGUAAACUCAUGAAGUUUCUGGAUUGGUACGUCAAAAUCGCAGUCGUAUCAGCAGCAAUUGGAGGAUCUAUGGAGUAUUUCAUGAUUAAAACCGGUUUCUAUGAUAAAGUGACGGUUCUUGAGGCGGAAAAGAAGGCUUGGGAGAAUUCACCAGAAGCUCAGGCGAUGCGAGAAGCUCUCAAUCCUUGGAGAAAACUUGAUGUAGAUGAAAGAAAACAUUCCUAGCAUUUCCGUAUUCAAAGGUUUGGUGAUAAACCAAUCGACAUGAGAUUUGAGGUCUUAGAUAAUGCUUCAUAAAUAAAAUGAAAUAGUGGUUCAUUUCUGUGAGAUAUACUGGGUUCGUUUGGUUUGUUAGGUUUUCGUUAUUGUCUUGUAUCAAACAUGCAAGUAGCUUACCUAGGACAAAAUACAAUUGCUACCCGGGUAGUGUACUUGUUCAAAUAGGCGAAAACUCGAGUCUGAGAGCCACAGGGGAUUGGGGACUGUUAUGUACCUGAUUUGCCUCUCAUAUGAUGCUCUUGUCGCUGAGCUGUGCAGGUUAGCUUGGGGGUUGCCAAUUAUAAUUGGAUGUUAAAAUUUUGAAUCUGAUCCAAUAUUACAAUUGAAUAUCCGAUCUUAUUUGUUUGGUUCUA